AUGUCGACCCACUCCGUGUUCAAGAUGGAAGACGGCACAGGCAUCAUCGACGUGCAGCUGUGGGUGUCCACCAACGAAACAGACGCCGAGGCUCAACAACGGGCCAUGUGGAGGGAAGACACCUAUGUGCGCGUGGUAGGGCACUUGAGCGAGUUCAUGGAGAAGCGCAAGGUACAUGCGGCCCAUCUGGCGGUGGUAGAGGACUUUAACGAGAUCACGUUCCAUCUGCUGGAGGCGAUGCAGUGCCACAUCAAGAACGCGCGGAAUAAU